UUGUGAAUUAGACACACACUAUCCCGUCUCAUCUUUGUCCGUAUCUCCUGAUCCAUUCUUCACCUUUAGAACCUCAUCCAUUGCCAACAAUUUUUCAACUGUCACAACACACAAAAUACUUUAACUCUAAACCAGAUAUAUAAACUUUAGGAUAUAUAUAAUAAAAAAAAAUUAUAUAAGGUUUCUUUGCCACUCACAACACCUUCAUCUCUCUCUUCCGUGAGGCUCAGUUUGGAAAAAUGGAGAUUACUAACGUUACCGAGUAUGAAGCGAUUGCAAAGGAGAAGUUGCCUAAGAUGGUAUAUGACUACUAUGCCUCUGGUGCAGAGGACCAGUGGACUCUUCAAGAGAACCGAAACGCUUUCGCUAGGAUCCUCUUCCGGCCUCGGAUUCUGAUUGAUGUGAGCAAGAUUGAUAUGACAACAACCAUCUUGGGUUUCAAGAUCUCCAUGCCGAUCAUGGUUGCUCCUACUGCCAUGCAAAAGAUGGCUCACCCGGAAGGGGAAUAUGCUACGGCUAGAGCUGCAUCUGCUGCUGGAACCAUCAUGACACUGUCGUCAUGGGCUACUUCCAGUGUUGAAGAGGUUGCUUCCACAGGACCAGGGAUUCGUUUCUUCCAACUCUAUGUAUACAAGAACAGGAAAGUGGUUGAGCAGCUCGUGAGAAGAGCCGAGAGGGCGGGGUUCAAAGCCAUUGCUCUCACUGUAGACACCCCAAGGCUAGGCCGAAGAGAGUCUGAUAUCAAGAACAGAUUCACUUUGCCUCCAAACCUGACAUUGAAGAACUUUGAAGGUCUCGACCUCGGAAAGAUGGACGAGGCCAAUGACUCUGGUUUGGCCUCAUACGUUGCUGGCCAAAUUGACCGUACCUUAAGCUGGAAGGAUGUCCAGUGGCUCCAGACAAUCACUAGCAUGCCGAUUCUUGUCAAGGGUGUUAUUACAGGAGAGGAUGCAAGGAUAGCGAUUCAAGCUGGUGCAGCAGGGAUCAUUGUGUCUAACCAUGGAGCUCGCCAGCUUGACUAUGUUCCCGCAACAAUCUCAGCCCUUGAAGAGGUUGUCAAAGCGACACAAGGACGAAUCCCUGUCUUCUUGGACGGGGGUGUUCGUCGUGGCACAGAUGUCUUCAAGGCACUUGCACUUGGAGCCUCGGGGAUCUUUAUUGGAAGACCAGUGGUGUUCUCACUUGCUGCGGAAGGAGAGGCUGGAGUCAGAAAGGUGCUUCAAAUGCUACGUGAUGAGUUCGAGCUGACCAUGGCACUAAGUGGGUGCAGGUCUCUCAAGGAAAUCACCCGUAACCACAUCACCACCGAAUGGGACACUCCCCGCCCUUCAGCAAGGUUAUAGAGAGACCAAAACCAUCCAGAGAAAGAGCAACAAUACAGAACUUUGGUUUCUUCCAUUCUUCAGAUUGGUCACUUGGCUUUCUACUUUGCUAUCUAUCUCAAAACUUGUUUCUCCCUAUAUUGAAUCAUAUACAAUGCCCUAAAGAUUCUGUAAAAUGCUACUUGGCUUCCUCUA